CGCACUAGCCAUUCUUAUUACCAUAACAAUAAAUUACUUGAGUAAAUAGCAAGUGAAAAAAUAAUUUUUAUUAGGUUUUUUAAAACUAAUUUCGAGCAGACGAUGAGCUUUGCUUUUAGAUUGGGUUCUUCAAUCGGGUGUUUUCCUCGUACGAUCUUAGGUCGUAACAUAAUUCAAAGGAAAAGUCAUGUGGUAUCUUACCGUAAUGGCCCCCCUCCCCAUUCAAAGGCAACUAAAAUUGGUGCUGUAACUGUUGGUGGAGCUAUGUGGUGGUGGGUAAUCUGGCACUUAUGGCAUGAACCUGACCACAUAACGGGGGAAUUCGAUUAUCCUAACUCAAGGAAAUGGAGCAACACAGAGUUGGGUGUUUCAAAGGAUUGAUUUUAAACGUUAUAUGUGAAAGCAUACUCCAUAAAUAUUGAUUAAAAUUAUUAUUCUGCUUGGA